ACGGAGACGCCAUCCACAUGCGCCGCGAGGGACCGAGGUAGUCGACUACAAAGACAAGUCGCGAUGGACCUAAGUCAGCUCGCCGCUGGCCAGACCAUCAUCGAGACCUCGUUCAAGGCCGUGGUCGACCUUGUCUCCGACGAUGAAGCGGGGGGAGAGCCCGAACUGAGGCCCGAGUCCGAGACCGAGGCGCCUGAGGCGGAUGAGGACGAGGACGAGGAGGAUUAUGAGAGUGGAAGUGACGCUUCGGGGGAGGUUUGGGAGACGGAGUCGCUCUUUGAGGAUGCCUUGGAGGAGGUCGGUGACGGAGAGCUUCAGGGCGGAGACGAUGUCUGUACGCUCGAGGAAGCGCGAGAGUACCGCCGUCUUCUGCGCGACAGCGGCCCGGCGGUCUUCUGUGAGACUACUGUUGAGGCGGGGAAAGUCACAGCAAAGAAACUCAUAACGGCGUUUGGCAUCAAGCCCCCCGCAUUCCUCGAGGGCGCGCCCGACAUAGCGUACUACAGCCUUCUUUCCAUGGCCCUGAGCCGCGAACUGUCCAAACGAUCAAAGCUAUCGAGUUACAACACGAUCGACGACGUCGUCAAGCUCCUCAACAAGUGCAAAAACAUCAUUGUUCUCACGGGAGCCGGCAUAAGCACCUCCCUCGGGAUCCCCGACUUCCGCUCCAAAGACGUCGGACUCUACGCCAAGCUAGAACACCUCGGCCUCUCCGACCCCCAAGAGGUCUUCGACAUCGCCCUCUUCAAAGAAGACCCCUCCAUCUUCUACAGCGUCGCCCGCGACAUCCUCCCCACAACCUCCCGCUUCACACCCACCCACGCCUUCAUCAAGCUCCUCCAGGACAAAGGAAAGCUCCUCACCAACUACUCCCAGAACAUCGACAACAUCGAGGGCGUCGCGGGCGUAAAGCCAGAGAAGCUAAUUCAAUGCCACGGCUCCUUCGCUACCGCCUCUUGCACGAAAUGCGGCGCCCAAGUCGCUGGCGAAGCCAUCUUCCCUGAUAUCCGCGCUGGCCUGAUCCCGCGCUGCAAGCGCUGCGUGCAGUUUCUUCGUGUGGCAGCCGCGCCGGCAGCUAUGAAGCGGAAACGCUCUGCUAACGGCAGCGAGCCGAAAAAGCGCAAGAAGGCUGAGUAUGAGGAUAGCAGCUCCGAGGAGGGAGGGGAUGAUGAAUACGACCUCCCCGAGGCGGGGGUGAUGAAGCCGGAUAUCACAUUCUUUGGCGAAGCACUCCCAGAUACAUUUCAUGAUCGUCUGAUGAAGCAUGAUAAAGAUGUAGUGGACAUGGUGAUCGUGAUCGGGACGAGCCUGAAAGUCGCGCCGGUGUCAGAGGUAGUUCCCUUCCUCCCAGCGCAUAUCCCACAGAUUUACAUAUCGCGCGAGCCGGUGAAACAUGUUAAUUUCGACGUCGACAUGCUGGGGGACUGCGACGUGGUGAUCGCCGAGCUGUGUCGGCGCGCCGGCUGGGAGUUGGAGCAUGAGAUGAUUCCGAAGGGGCAGAAGGUUGAUGUGCAGCUUGUGGAGGAGUUUGAGAGUCGCUGGAAGAUGGUGGAGGUGAAGAAGGCGAAGGAGUUGGAGUUGGAGUAGGGAGUUAUGGCUAAUGGAAUAUCAACGUGGAAUGAAUGCUUUAGCCUGGCGUUCGUUUGGGGGGGGGGGGUUAUAUAUGGCGCGUUGGCAGUGGGCAACUGAGUAUCGGUGGGAUAUUGAGCGGGUAGCGGUAGCUGUCACUCUGGCUUCGGCUUUGGCUUUGGCGUUGGGAAAGGCUCAACUUGAGCGACUAUGAGCCUGCAUACUGAGCUGGCGCAUACAUUUCAAGAGACGGGUGUUGUUCAUCUUAGCGUAGCAUUAGACAGAGCUUUUGCUUUGCUCUCAAUUCUAUACAUUUCCUGCCAUCUUACUAUCAGAGCUCGGGG